UGCAACACCUCGGCACAGCGUGACAGCGAUAGACCCCCCUUUCAUUCGACUUGUUGCACUUUAGGUGGUUGUUUCCCGGACAUAGUCUACACUUUGAGAGCCGUGGUGUCUAUUUUUACUCUCUAUCCUUGUGUGCUACGCCCCCAAGUCCUGGCCCCCUCCUCCCUAGAGGGCUGACUACUUUUGGAGCGGCUCUUGAACGUCAAGUGCUCGCUAGCUUGGCCGGGUGCUAGCAUACGCCCCCUUCUACCUCCGCUCGCUGGACAUCACAGCGUCACACGGUGUGGUGCAUCAGGGAGAUCAGGGAUGCUUUUCUGGCUCCAGACAAGAAGGACACACUCCAUCACCGCCUUUUGAUGGACACGUGAGCCAAACAGGACGUAUUUGAGUCCCAUGGGAGACACUUUUUCCGGUCCAACCAGCUGAACUGAAUCCUCGAAAAGGGACGCCAUGGAGGACCCGGUCCUGGAACCCAGGUCGGAGCGGAUCGCCCGCUACAAAGCGGAGAGGAGGCGGGAACUUGCCGAGCGCUUCGGCAACAUGGAGGACUUAACCCCCCAGCAGGUGAACAGAGAGGUGCACGACACCCCCUCGCACCGCCCGGGAGUCAACGGAAAGAUGCACAGGGUCCAGAAUGGAUCGGAAUCCACCUGCUUGUCAAGCCAGGGUUCCCAGGACUGUGCCAACACAAGCGUGGAGGCGCCCCCAGUGCAGCAGCUCCACACUCGGGUGUCAGUUGGCCAGCUGAGGACGGCUCUUCUGCAGCAGGCUGGGAGUGGAGGGGAGACGGACAAUGUCUGUGCGGCAGAUGACGGCAGAGCCACAUCCUCUCUGGACCUGGCGGUGAAGCCGGCCUCAGACGGGGGCCGCCGCCGCACACGGCGUUACCUCCCUGGCGGGUCGAGCAGCGCACGUAAAAACAGUGAGCGCUUCAGGACUCAGCCAAUCACGGCCAAUGAGAUGGAGCAUACCGGCGGGAUGGUAGAUGCUGAGGAAGAGAAGAAGAGCGAAGCCGACGCGAAAACAGAUGAAAGAGCCCAAAUGAGCGUGGCGGCCAAGAUGUCUUUAUUUAAAGAAAUGGAAAAGACGGCCGCACCCGAGGCCUCGGCCUUCCUCAAGCCUCGCUCGGGAAGCAUCUGCCACGAACGCAGGGCACGCCGCGGCAAUGACCACCGCUUCCUCACUCAGCCAAUCACCUGCGAGGAAAUGGUGGCCAUCAGUACGCCCCCCCUGCCCCCGGCCGCACCCGAGGAGGCCGACCCUCCACAGUCCGAACCAGCAGAGGGCGACGACGAGGGCUGCAAGCUUAGCGUGAGUGAGAAGCUGGCGCUCUUUAAUAAACUCUCCCUACCGGAGGCGCCGGCAGCCACGCAUGCUGACGGGCCCCCGGAGAGACGCAGACAGAAGGGGGCCCGCUACCGCACCCAGCCCAUCACGGUGGAGGAAGUCAGCCUGCUCCAGAAAGGCCCCGUGCAGCUUCCCGCCUUGUGUUUGUCCUCUCAUCUGUCUGGCAGACAGCAGGCCUCGUCUGUCAACCUGAAGCCCAGCGAGCUGCGUCUAACCCAGUCCAAACCCGACAUCAGCCCUAUAGAGCCCUGCACCUCCCAGCAGGGGAUGCAGCGAUGCGAAUCUGAGCCCGGUUUGAGAGGAAUCCUCAAGAGGAGCCGCUCGGAGCGCAGCAGGAUGCCUUGUGCUAACCUGGACGUGCCACAGGAACACUAUGAAGCUGUCCCGCACAGAGACGGUGCAGUUGAGGCGAGUACGGAUGGACCGACGCCGCCGAGAGGGGGACGUGAGGCUUCGGGAGGCUCCUUGACGGCCGCUCCCUGGAGGCAGAGGGCUCGGAACAGGCGGGAGACAAUCUCUUGCAUGCCAACACGAGCGCUGUCGGUACAUGUUGAUCAGCAGGAGGAGAGACCAGAUCAGAAGAGGCCAGAGACCACUACAUCUGUAGAACACACUGGAAGGAACAAUGAUGAAGACGCUCCAGUGAAUGGCAGCACUCCAACGUGCCAGAUGAUCAACGGUAGCAAGGAAGAAAACUGUCACCCAGAAGGAGCGAAGCCUCAAUGUUGGGGACCUGUCUUUGCCUCGGUCUAUUCCAGCAGUACACCUCAGUAUAUUGUGUGCUUCAACCAGACCAACCAGUCCUUUGAGGCACAGGAGGUGGCAUCUCCAACCAAGAACCAGAGUCCACCUCAGUGGAGGGAAAAGGCUGAAGAAGAUGGGGAGAAGAUGUGUCGAUUGUUGGAUGCAGAAGCAACGAGAGCCGUUUCAUCUCCAGAAUUAACCAGAAGUCUCACCAGUUGCUACAAGACUCAAUCGAGUGACGAUCCAGCUCACACGGUUGAAGCAGAUAACCAGGAAGAGAUGCCUUCUGAGAAUGGUUUCUCCACCCGACAACCUUCCUCAGAUGGGGGGCAGGACUUGGACUUGCUCUGCCAGACCAACACCCCAAUGCUGACCUCAACUGUUGCAGAGCACCGUCGGGCCGUGCGUCCAUCCCGCCGAACGCAGGGAUCCCGCAACCCUCUUCGGGCUUUGGCAGCGCGCGAGGACAUCAGGCAGGACUUCAUGGGGCUCAACACGACCACUGAGGAAACGACGCAGUCAGAGAAAAGGUCUAAUAACUCUUCCAGCGCACACUUGAACACCUCCUCAUCAUACUCUCCAGAUCUACAGGAGUGUCAUCCGCCCUUCAGUAGUCCGAUGCUGCUUUUCAUAAAAGGAAGGCAGCAAGUCCAGGUCCGCCUGGCCGAGCCUUCGGCGAAAUCCUUGAACAGCGGAGACUGUUUCCUCCUGGUCACCACAGAGAAUUGCAUCCUGUGGAGCGGAAAGUCAGCCAACGGGAAGGAGAGAGCAAAGGCCGCGGAGUUGGCGUCUUUCAUUCAGAGCCACAAAGACCUCGGCUGUCAGGCUGCCCAGGUCGUCCACUUGGAGGAGGGCCUUAACUGCGACAGCAUCCAGGCCACUGACUUCUGGAACGUUCUUGGUGGAAGGACACCUUCUAGAGGAGCGUCUUCACUAGAAGAAGAUGAGCUGUACGAACGCGCCGCUGUGGAGUCCAACUGUGUUUACAGGCUGGUGGAGAACCGACUGGUACCUCAUGAACAGGCCUGGGCCUCCAUGCCGAGCGUGUCCGUGCUGGAGUCCAGUCAGGCGCUGGUGUUUGACUUUGGCAGCGAGGUGUACCUCUGGCUGGGGAAGGACGUCCCUGCCGGCAGCCGGAACGUGGCGCUCCAGCUGAGUCGGCAGGUGUGGGUCGGCGCCUACGACUACAGCAACUGUCGAGUCAACCCGUUGGAUCCCACACGGUGCAGCGCCAACGCACAGUUGAGGGGGGAAGGGCGUCCUGGCUGGGCUCUGUUUGGUGUCAUCUUGGAACACGAUGAGACGGCUCUGUUCAAAGAGAAGUUUGUGGACUGGACAGGAAGAAGCGAAGCCCAGGAAGAAGCUGCUCCAUCGGCUAAAGAGACUCAGUCUCUCUCAGUGCCGCCAUCAUGUGACCCCCUAAAGCCCUGCGACGCCAAGGCUUUGGUGUCGGGUGAAGCGGCGAGCGAGGACGGAGAGUCCCACACCGUGCUGGCUGGCGUCGACGUCCAGAGGGGCUACGGCGCUGUCACGCUGGAGGGAGGGGAGCGGGCGCAGCUGAGGACAGUGUGCGUGGACACGUGGCACGUCAACGAGUUUGAUGACUGCGAGGUCCCCGUGGAAAGCACGGGACAGCUCCACGAGGGAGACUCCUACGUGAUCCGUUGGUCGUACAGCAUCAGCACCACUGACGAGAGUGAACAAAAAGAAAGCACAGCCUUCUUCCUGUGGCGAGGUCGUCAUUCCGCUGUGAGCGGACGGGACACUGCUGCCUUUCUUUCCAUCGGGAUGAACAACAAUGAAGAAUCACAGGUUGUGGUCCAUCAAGGAAAAGAGCCUCCAUGUUUCCUGCAGCUUUUCCAGGGAGGUCUGGUGAUCCACAAAGGCCACAGGGAGACCAGCUCUGCUCCAACUGCAGACCAUGUAGGCUCCUGGCGGUUGUUCAGCGUUCGAGGGGAGCUCCCCGACGAGGGUUCGCUGCUAGAGGUGGAGCCCUGCUGUGCAGCCCUGCGCUCCAGGGGCUCGCUGAUCCUUGUCAACGGCCAGCAGGGGGUGCUGUACCUGUGGACUGGCUGUAAAGCGCUCGCUAGCUCCCGGGAGGUCGCCAAGACGGCGGUGGACCGCCUUGCUCAAGUGUGUCCACCGGAACUGGGUCUCGGUUGUCAAAGCAGCUCAGUGAAAAUACACACGGUAGAGGAAGGCUCGGAGCCUGAAGACUUCUGGGCGGGGCUGGGACACAUGGACAGGAAGGCCUACGACUGCAUGCUGCAAGAUCCAGGCAAAUAUAACUUCACUCCCCGCCUCUUCCGCCUGAGCGCCUCCUCUGGAAGCUUCUGUGCGGAGGAGCUGCACAGUCCCUUGCGUGUGCCCGGUGUGGUCAUGGCCUUGCCCUUUGUCCAGGAGACCUUGUAUAUGGCGCCACCGCCUGCUCUGUUCCUGCUCGACAACCACUUCGAGGUCUAUCUGUGGCAAAGAAACCAUCCUGUCCAGGAGCAGGAACAGAGGCGGGAAGACAGCUGGCGCAGCGAGAGGAAGUGCGCCAUGGAGACGGCACUGCGGUACUGCAAAGAGGCCAAUCCCAGACGCCCUCCACAGGCCUACUUCAUCCCGGAGGGCUCCGAACCUUUGACCUUCACUAAUGUGUUCCCCCGCUGGGAGAGGACCCAGGAAGGCCUGGCGCAGGGCAGCAUGGCCCGAUCCAAGCUGACCCCGGUGCGGGACGCCCUGGCCCAGCUCACGCGCACCCAGUAUCCCCUGGAGCGGCUGCUGCAAAGCCCCUUACCUGAUGGAGUGGACCCACGGCACCUGGAGGUCUACCUGUCGGAUCUGGACUUCAAGACCAUUUUGGAGAUGAAGCAAGAGGACUUUGCCUCCCUGUCAAGCCGGCAGCAAGCUGACCUGAAGCGAAACAAAGGACUGCUUUGCCAAAUAACAGACAAAUAGUAUGUGGAAAACACAAAAUAUGGUAUAUUUCAACUUUAUUUAUGUAAUUUAUGGACUUUUUAAACACGUACAGACACGUUUCCUAUCACUGAAUCUGUACAAAUCACAGGUAGACCGACUACGGAAAUAAUUCAGUGACAAUUAAUAAUGUAUGUGGUGCAUGGGUGCUGAGAAUAGAUGGAAUAAACAAUAUAUACACACGGAAAAAAAAAGGUUAAAUGUAUUCAGACACACUUGUGACAAACAAUUACAUUGGCGGACAUGUUGGUUUGCUUCAUCGCAGGACAACAUGAAAACUGUGCUCCGCCUCCAAUUUUUUUUCACCUUUUAAUGUCACCAGUGAAGAACAAGAUGAAGAAUGAAAGUGACGUUUCUGAAGUCACACUGGCUCACAAAUUGUUGGCCAGGUUCUGAUAGUCCGCUCAGCAGCAGAACAUUUUCUGGGGCUGGAUUAGCUCGCUAAGCCUUCAUGUGAUUGGAUUAAAGCCCACCACCACUGGGAGAUGGCCCACUUGAAGGGGACAUUUCCAGCUAUUGUUACAUAAAGUGGGUGCAAAGUGUACAUAAGAGAAGAUGAAGAAUG